GCUAAUCAAAAUCAUUUGUUUCAGAUGUGGCCAAGAUUAUUCACUUAUUUUUGCAACCCAUGGCAUAUUUACCCUAGUAACAAUUUCUUGCUGUGUUUAAAGGAAAUAUAAACCCUUAAAACAAAUGUAAAAUUGCUAAGAAGGACAAAAGUGACUAGAAGAGUGCAUGUAGCCAUUUCAUUACGUUCCAUUUAACAUAUCAUCUCCAGUUGGUAUGAGUUCCUCUGGGUACAGACCGAGAGGGAAGAAUGAAAUGAAGCACCGUUUCUAAAAGUGACACCUUUUUGGAGUUUCCCAUACUUCCUGUCUGAUCUCUGCCUGUCUCUUAAUGGCUAUUGCCCACAUGUUCAUCUUUGCCAGAUGUGCAUGGAAAAUAUGAAAUGUAGUUCCCUGUCAGGUCUGCCUUCUGGCUGUCUGGGGAAUUCCACUUGUAUUUUUACACUUAUGACAAAUGCUGUUUGCAGGGCACUUAAAGAAAAGAAAACACGAAAUGCAAUUUCUGUGGAGCAGCUGGGAUUCCACUGUGCAGUGUACGUAGUGGUUCUUUAAGGCGAUUGUCAUGGGGAAUCCCUUCUAGUAUGAAAUCUGGCAAUGAUUGCUAGUGCCCAGAAUGACAGACAAAGCUGCCCAGAGAAGAUAGAAUUAACCUUUUAUGUUAGUUCUCUGCACAGACAACAGCAAAACAUAUAUGGAGCAGGUACUUAAAACGGCAAGGUUACUUGAAUUUACUACAAAUUAGAGCCGGUGUAACACUUUCUUUUGAACUUAAGGCACAAAAUUCAGAAUACUGUGGUUACAUUGUAAGGAACAUGGUUCUGUUUGUAUGGCCAGUUGCUGCUGCUACAAGGCUGCACGGUUCAGCUGUGAGGUGAGCUUUGAUUGGCUCCUAGUUAAGCAGCAUUCUUCUUCAUUAUAAUCAGCUUCGUUCUCGUGCCUGGAUUUCAGCAGGGAAGUCCCUAACAAGACUUUGCCUAUGGACAGGUAACAGAAACACACAGGUGGAUCACAGGAACAUUGGCACUGAGUGAAACCCAGCAGGCUUCAUGGAUAGCAGUUCUUUCUAUACCUAAGUACAUAUUGGAUCUGAUAAAUGAGCAUAGUAGGAAGCUAUUGUAUUUUCUGAUUAUACAGACUGUAGGGGCCACCAGAUUAUUAACAUGGGAGACCAAGAAACCAUGACUGAGGUUCCUGCAGCCCUGAAGCGCCUUGCCAAGUAUAUGGUCCGUGGCUUUUAUGGGCUUGAGUACUCCCUGACCCUCGAUGUUCUGAUCCGAUAUCCAUGUGUGAAAGAGGACGACAUUGGUCUCCUUCUGAAGUUCGAAAAGAAGCAGCUUCGGACCAUCCUUAAUACUCUGAAGGCAGACAAGUUCAUCAAGUGCCGCAUGAGAGUGGAGACCGGCCCAAAUGGCAAGAGCACCAGGCAUAAUUAUUAUUACAUUAAUUACAAAGUUCUGGUAGAUGUAGUCAAGUACAAACUGGACCAUGUUCGGCGUAAAAUAGAAUCCGAUGAAAGGGAUUCCACCACAAGAGCUUCAUUUAAGUGCCCUGGAUGCCUCAGCACUUACUCGGACCUGGAGGUCAACCAGCUCUUUGAUCCAUUCACAGAACUUUUCCGCUGCACAUAUUGCAAUGUUGAAGUUGAGGAGGAUUCUUCCUCCCUGCCCAAAAGAGAUGCCAGGACUUUACUAGCCCGGUUCAACGAGCAGAUUGAGCCCAUAUUUGUGCUGCUUCAAGAAACAGAAGAUAUUAUCCUUCCAUGCGAACUGCUUGAACCCCAGCCUACAGAGAUCCCAGAGCUGUGCGGAAGCUUUGACCAACAGUCUAGUUCACUAGCACUGGAUCUCCAAGGACAACAAGGAAAGUGGGCCAACAAAAGCUCUGUAGGCAAUAUGUACGUACAGAACGUGACCAUAAAUGUGCGAGAAUCUGACUUUAAGAAAAAAGGCAAAGAGAGGAAGGUAAAGGAGCAGCCGGUGUGGAUGAAGGAUAGCACUGUGCAUGGGAGCCCCCCAGAGGAAUCCAGUGCUAGUUUCAAAACUGAAGCCCCGCUGAUUGAGGAUGAGAAUGCAAACCUGAAGGAAGAUAACCCAGAUAAUGAAGUGAUCAGAACUCUUCUAAUCCAUGAGAUGAAAUCCAUGUCUGGGCCAGCUGUCAAUUCCUUUCCUAAAAGUGAUUCAGGGAGCGAUACCAGCGAAUCCGACGAAGAGAAAAAAAGCACAAAACCGGCACCGGGCGAAUCGCACAGCAAUGCAGAACAGGAGGAGGAGUCGGAGACCGUCGAUCCGGUGGUUAUGGUCAGUGGGCAGCCUCAUGUCUAUAGUGAGGUGAGCCAGAACCCAAGCCUGGUAUCUUUCAUGACAGAGGAGGAGAGGGAAGCCUAUAUCACAGUGGGACAGAAAAUGUUCCAGUCCGUUUUUGAAUGACACUAAGUGGAUUUGGUAAAGCCGUCAAAAGGCUGCUGAACAUAUUGAUUUUUGACUGAUUUUUUGAGUAUAAAAAUAUAUUAUUUUCAUUUUAGCUGGUUUGGUCAGUGUGGCUACACACUGCAUCACAAAGCUCACGUUAUGUUUGGAAUUACAUACAAGGGCUCUGCCAUUUCUCUGCCAAUAUUUGCCAACCAACAGCUCUGCACUCUGGACUGUGGCCUGAGAUAAAAUGGCCGACAGAUGAACCUUCAGUUUUUAGUUCCUGCUACAUUUUGGAAGGUAAAGAACUAGAGGAACAGUGUUGGUUUUGUGGUGCCUAUGUAUUGUAAAUAAAUGUGCACAUACAGCAUUAACA